AAGUUUUAUAACCAUACGAACAACUCUUCCACCCCAAACUUGGGGGCAUCGCCAACGGCGUCUUCUUCCCCGAGGAUUCGUACGACAUCACGGUUCAACAACAUCGCUCUUUCUUCUUGGGGCAGCAGCUCCAAGUCCGCCACCGCUGUGACCGACAUGCGCUCCGAUACCUCGUUCAUGUUUACCGCAACUGGGAAGAGCAAGAUUUCCCCUACCUCCCAGACGGACGGAAGCGAGACGGAAAAGGAGAAUGAAAAAGGGUCGAGAGGUAGACCGGGAAAAGGGAGGAGGAGAAGAGAAAGCUCGGUCAAGACGCUCUGGAUGGCAAGAGAGCGACAGUCGACGGCACCGGUGAUGACGUCGAGUGUAUGUGUAAACGUAGAUGAGCGGCUAGACCCGCCGGUCAGGCUGGGAUUGAGAAAGACCGCUAGCGAUCGGGACAUCAGGCAGAGUUCCAUCUUGUUGAGCCCACCUACCCGGAUUCGGCCUGCGAUGCCGGCUAUCACGGGUUCAGCGGGGUUGCGUGAUGGACCGAUAUUGGUCGAUCAGAGGAGCCCAGGUGACGGAUCUGGUUCGGGGUCUUACCCACAACUCUCACCAGAUACUGUCAACCAACAUCAGACGUUCGGCAUAGAAUCCUAUACACGAGACUAUUUCGCGACGCAGCGAAAGGGAGUCUUGCGCAGAAAGGUACCCGACGCUCAGAUCAUGGAAUGGCAGGAGAGUGUCGUAACCGGCGCCCUGCUCUCCAAGACAAAAACCCCUCCAACCGAGAUCAUCAGGGCUUUCAAGGUGAUUCAACACAUUAUGGGCGACCGCGAUCGACCGGUCGAAGGCAUUAUCACUGUUUCCAGCUCGACUUCGGCCUUUAGCCUGGCAGACAUGGCGCAAUCGUCUCCUUCGCAAAAAGAUCGGAUAUGGAACAAGGCCGAGAAACGUUUGAUGCUGGAGGAAGAGCGUUGGCUGCUUCAACUGGGGCUCGGUUCGUUGGACCUGCGAGACGAGUUGUACGCCAUGUGUAUGAAGCAGGUCACCAAGAACCCAGUCUUUUCCUCGACCUUACGCGGGUUCCAACUCAUCUGCGUGCUAGUGGUCACCUUUGGACCUUCGAACGAGUUCGAGCCAUAUGUCCGUUCCUUCUUACAGACAAGCCAAAUCGAGGGCGACCCUGCCUUGCGGACUAUUGCGCUGCAUUGCAAGCGCAAGCUGGAUAAUAUCGUCCGAAGGGGACCUCGUUCUCGUGCACCGAUGUAUAGCGAGAUCGAACAAGCAUUUAGUGCCGCGUUUCAUCCUUCCAUCUUUGGUGAACGCCUGGGUCAUAUCAUGACGCAACAACGUGAAACAGGCUCCUCGUUACCGAUCCCGCGGAUCCUAUCUUUCCUUGCGGAGUCGAUCAUAGCUCUAGGCGGUACGCGCUCAGAGGGUAUAUUCCGGACAACGGGUGACUUGGAUUCCAUCGGAGAGAUCAGGUCCAGAUUGGAUAGGGGAGAAUACCACCUGACCGGCGUGGAGGACCCUCACAUAAUCACGGCCUUACUCAAACUAUGGCUGCGAGAGCUUGAAGAACCUGUCAUACCGGAAGACCUUUAUAACGAAGCACUACAAGCCUCCCGGGCUCCAGAGGCCAGCUGUGCCCUCGUUCAGCGACUCCCGCCUACGGAGAGAUACGUGUUGAUCUAUAUCAUUGGAUUCCUUCAACUCUUCAUCCAACCAAGAUGGAUUGCUUUUACCAAGAUGACCGCAGGAGCUUUAGCACUGGUAAUGGCGCCAAACAUCCUGCGGCCGAUUUCCAUGUCAUCCGAUGUGGUUUUCGCCAACACUGCAUUCGAGACUUCGCUUGUGGUCAACCUGCUCGAACACUUGGAUGUCCAAAAGGCGGACCCUGACUAUCAGCCGGAAUUUCCAAAUCCCGCUCCACGCCUAGUUUCUACUAUGACUCUUCUCUCCGACUUUUGAGGAGAAACAAGCGAAAAGU